GCACGAUGCAUAAUUUGUGCCGUUCUCUUUGACAAGUCAGGACGAUGGUGAGCUCCCCGCCGGCGCACGGCCGCACACUGAACCAAGCAUGCAAUGUUGCUCUCAUCGAAACGGACACAGAUGGAUAGUCUCGUUCAACCACUUGUUGCCCAGUAUCUCGCUAUGGGCUGCCAAUCCAAAGAAAAUGGACAAAAUGAAAACGUGGGCUCGAAUGGAAAGGAAAAAGAACAUUCACGUCUCUCUCCGGGACCGGCUAGUGGCUCCAGAUCUAAGGUCUGUCCACCGGUGCCUGCCCGGCCUCAACGGUUCAACAGGCCCAACCAGGCCCAGAUGACCCAGGGCAAGGUCACAAUGUCUCUGCCAGGACACUUCACAAAGGGGGCCAGCUGGGAGGAGGUGAUCCAGGCCUGUAUCCAGUCCUUUGACGUGGAGGGCUCUGUAUGUGGGAGCAGCCACCUGAUGAACAUCACCCUGACCAUGCACCGACUCCUCAUGUCCUCCAGUGACCUCCUGGAGAAACUCACCUCCCUAUUUAAAAGCGCCGUGGAGAAUGCGCAGUCCACAGAAUGUGAGAGGAUCUGCUACUUCAUCAGGUAUUGGAUCCAGGAGUUCUGGACAAUGUUCCGGUUGCACAGCAGCCUGUCUGACUCCAUGGAACAGUUCCAGGAUCUGAUCAGAGAUCAGGGCCAGGAGAGGCUGUGCCCUCUGUUGCAGACUCAAUGGAUAAAUGACAGGCACUGGUCUCAGAAGCCCAGUCAGAAAAUCAAGGCUAACAGCAGUAAGAAGAGGAAAGUGUCUCUGCUGUUUGAUCACCUGGAGCCCAUUGAGCUGGCUGAGCACCUCACCUACCUGGAGUUCAAGUCCUUCUGUAGAAUAUCAUUUGCAGACUACCAGAACUACAUCCGCAGUUGCUGCAUGAAGGACAACCCCAUGAUGGAACGUUCCAUUACAUUGUGUAAUGGUAUCUCCCAGUGGGUGCAGCUCAUGGUUCUGAGUCGGCCUACAGCUCAGCUGAGAGCAGAGGUUUUCACCAAGUUCAUCCAUGUGGCUCAGAGCCUUCAUCUUAUGCACAACUUCAACACACUAAUGGCUGUGGUGGGGGGCCUGUGCCACAGCUCCAUCUCCAGACUUAAAGAGACCAGUUCACAUGUAUCCCACGAGGUCACCAAGGUGCUGAAUGAGAUGACAGACCUCCUGUCCUCCUGUAGGAACUAUGACAACUACCGUCAGGCGUACAGCAGGUGUGCAGGCUUUAAGAUCCCCAUCCUGGGUGUCCACCUCAAGGACCUGAUCUCAGUCAACGAGGCCAUGUCAGACUACGUAGAGGACAACAAGGUGAACGUUCAGAAGCUCCAGGCUCUGUACAACCACAUCAACGAGCUGAUCCAGCUACAGCAGAUCACCCCACAGCUCGAUGCCAACAAAGACCUGGUCCACCUUCUCACGCUGUCCCUGGACCUCUACUACACAGAGGAUGAGAUGUAUGAGCUGUCUUACACCAGGGAGCCCAAGAACAGCAAAGCACCCCCCGCCACCCCCUCUAGACCUCCAGUGGUUGUGAACUGGGCUUCAGGAGUGCCCCCAAAACCUGACCCAAAAACCAUCAGCAAACAUGUGCAAAGAAUGGUGGAUUCCGUGUUUAAAAACUAUGACCAUGAUGAGAAUGGCUUCAUCUCUCAAGGGGACUUUGAGAAAAUUGCUGCUAGCUUUCCAUUCUCCUUCUGUGUCAUGGACAAAGAGAAGGAAGGCCUCAUCAGCAGAGAGGAGAUCACAGCCUAUUUCAUGCGUGCUAGUGUCAUCUGUUCCAAACUGGGUCUUGGCUUUGUCCACAACUUUCAGGAGACCACCUACAUGAAGCCCACAUUCUGUGACAACUGCUCCGGAUUUUUGUGGGGCGUCAUAAAACAAGGCUACAGAUGCAGAGACUGUGGUAUGAACUGCCAUAGGCUGUGUAAGGAUCAGGUGGCGUUUGAGUGUAAGAAGAAUGCCAAAGGCAGUAGCACCUCUGAGGGUCCACUAACGCCAGACUCCACACCAGGCACCACAUGUGGCCCGGAAGGCUCAGAAGAGGGGCCUUUCCCCUACCCCUCAGAGGAAUGUAGAGACUGGAGCCUUGACUCACCGGCCCCCUCCCAUCUGAGGCUCCCCCCUGAGCUGGCCAUUCCUGUGGGGGUCCACCGCAGCACCCAGACAGAGGAACCCCACGCCCCUGCCCCCCAUCCAGAGCCUAGUCGGCUGCAGCCAGUACAGUCCUCUCUCCUGGCCCCUGUACCCUCCUCUCUCUUGGCCCCUGUACCCCCCUCCCUCACCCCAUGCCCCAGCCCGGUGCCCCAACGCAAACGACGGGCCUACGCCAAGUGGGAGAACAGAGCCUCUACAGUGCUACAGCCCAAGGAGCCGGACGAAGACAACAAACCCACCUAUGAUACUCUAGAAACGGAGAACCAGAAGCUUCAGAAGAACAACGAGACGCUGCGCAAGAAGCUGAGGGAAACGCAGCGCGAGGUAGAGAUCCUGCAGACACUCCUAAAGAGGCACGCCCUUCACUCCGUGGUGGAGGACUCCUCCUCCUCCUCCUAGCCAGGAACGCCCCUCAGCCGGUCAGACACACCCACUCUAUGACAUCACAGGUGAUGCUCAGCCAUCUGUCUCCAGAGCCACUGACAGUACUGUAUGUCUUGGAGGACCCUAGUGCCACACAGUCGAGAAGAUACACAAAGGGACCAAAAACUCCCUGUGAGGAGACGCCGUUACUCACAGUAUGGUAUAUUACAGCCAGUCUUAACACCUGAAACCCCACCUCUUUAAGGAAUACCUAGGAUAGGAUAAGUAAUCCCCCCCUUUAAGAUUUAGAUGCACUAUUGUAAAGUGACUGUUCCACUGGAUGUCAUAAGGUGAAUGCACCAAUUUGUAAGUCGCUCUGGAUAAGAGCGUCUGCUAAAUGACUUAAAUGUUAACACCAGUUGCAGCCAAUCACAGCCAAAAGGGGGUUAUGAGGCAAAACCAAUGAAAGUACCGUCCUGAAAAGAACACAGACAAUCAAAUUACAGUACCAGCCAUCAUGGAACAUAGCCAAAACAUAUCCAAUCAGUGUGCCAUCGGCUUUGGGAUUCUGACAAUCAGAAAACCACACAGUAUGGCAGAAAGGCCAGGAAACUGGAGAAGUUCAUUCAGGUGGACUGUGUAGUUAUUGUCCUGCCUUAGGUAAUAACAAGAAUGCAUAUUUUAUACAACAUGUAAAUCCACGUGAUUUCAAUGUUACUGUCCAUAUUUAUUGUUAAAACACUACAAACUCUAGAAAAAGAUAACCUGUUCCAUUUUUUUCAUACAGGUAGAUAUAGACAAAUAAUAGUUUUUAUGUAUGUGUAAGACAUUUUAUCGAAAGAAUAUAUUCAACCACAGUUUUCUCAUGUAUAUUUCAUCAGCUCAGGGUUGUCCAUAGUAGCAAUUAACAUAAUAUUAGAUGUUUCACCAAUGACAUACCAUGUAAAUACCCUAAGCGCAUGAUAUAUUGUGGUGCCAUCGUACCAGUAUUUCUCUCAAGAUGUCCUCUCUCAGUAUUGCUGUCAUAAUGAAUGUUAUAAUAAAGACAUAUUCUCUAUUA